CCAGGGUGGGAAGGGGUCGCUGCAUCCGGGGCCGGUUAUCCAGACCCUGAGACAAGACUGGAGAAAGGCCCCGGACGCCCUGCUGCCCGCCUGCCGCCAUGCUGCCCCUGCGUCUGUGCCGGCUGUGGCCUCGCAACCCUCCCACCCGGUCCUUCGCUGCGGCCGCCGGGCAGCGGUCUGGCCCCAGUAACUACUAUGAACUGUUGGGGGUGCAUCCUGGUGCCAGUGCUGAAGAAGUUAAACGAGCUUUCUUCUCCAAGUCCAAAGAGCUGCACCCUGACCGGGACCCCGGGAACCCAGCCCUGCACAGCCGCUUUGUGGAGCUGAGUGAAGCGUACCAAGUGCUCAGCCGUGGGGAGAGCCGCCGUAGCUAUGACCACCAGCUUCGUUCAGCGACUUCCCCAAAGUCUCCAGGAACCGCAGCCUAUCCCAGGUCUGCUCAUCAGGCGCACAGCUCCUGGGAGGACCCCAGCGCACGAUACUGGGCCCAGUUUCCUGGUGUCAGGCCUCAGGGACCAGAGUCAAGGCAGCAGCAGCACAAACACAACCAGCGAACGCUGGGGUACUGCCUCUUGAUCAUGCUGGCAGGCAUGUGCCUGCACUAUGUUGCUUUCAGGAAGCUGGAGCAGGUGCACCGUAGCUUCAUGGAUGAAAAGGAUCGGAUCAUCACAGCCAUCUACAAUGACACUCGGGCCCGGGCCAGGGCCAAAAGAGCCAGGCUCCAGCAGGAGCAACAGCAGAGGCAGCUGCUGCAGCCAACACCUGGCCCUCCUGAAGGCCCGGGGAUCGUGCCCCCCAGCCCCUGAGCAGCUCACCUGGAUGGGGCCCGGGGUGUGCUCCCUCUGUGCUUCCCUCCUGGUACGUCCCACUCCCAGAAACGCGGGCAAUAAAGUGGUUCUCAGA